AUGGGGGAAAAAAUACGUUUUUGUACUCCAUACAGCUCGGAAUCAAAACAGAAGAUGCAGAAAAAACAGAUUAAAGUUAUGGGUGAUGAGUCGGUACCAUUUUUGCUGGACCAAGGAACCACUAAGACUUACCAAAUACCUAUUAGUCAUUUGGACUGCGCGUUCAUUGAAAAAUGCACAGAUGUUAAACACCUGGAAAAGAUUCUUUGGGUAUUAAGGUCUGGUGAAGAGGGAUGUUAUCCUGAGCUUACAUUGUUUUGUGAAAAGCGUAUUGAGCAUUUAGAUCCAAGGAGCAGAGCUCUGAGAAAAGAUAAACCUGCAGCCACAGCUUGUGACUUCACAGCUGAAGAAUGGGAAACAAUUAAUGGUGAAUUGAUGGCCUGGGAGACAGAAAUGAAUGAAAAUUAUACGGAAUCACAGUUCUUGAGAACAGACACACUGUUUGAAAGGCAAGGUAACUUGCCUCCUAUUCGUUGUUCCAGCAGCUGUCUUCCUGCUGAUCAGAAACAGAGAAACAAGAAAAACAUACCACGGGAUUACAGUGAAUGGGACAAGUUUGACGUGGAAAAGGAGUGUUCUAAAAUUGAUGAAGGCUUUGAAGAAAGUAACUCAAAAGCAAGGUUCUUUAGUAGGCCAAGUCUACCUAUAAUCAAAAAGAAAAUAGACACAACUGGCAUGACAAAGAAAGAGAAGAUUUUUAUUGCUACUCGUGAAAAAGAAAAGGGUAAUGAAGCCUUUGCCAUCGGUGAUUAUGUGGAAGCAGUGGCUUAUUACACUCGGAGUAUUUCAGUAAUACCCACUGCAGCUGCAUAUAAUAACAAAGCUCAAGCAGAAAUCAAACUUCAGGAUUGGGACAGUGCUUUGCAGGAUUGUCAGAAGGUACUAGAUAUGGAACCUGGCAAUGUAAAAGCUCUGCUGCGCCGUGCCUCUGUGCAAAAUCAGCUGCAGAAUUACCAGGCAGCUGUAGAGGAUCUGAAGAAAGUAUUAUGUAUUGAACCGGAAAAUGCUAUAGCUAAGAAAAAUCUGCUAGACAUUGAAAAGAAAAUGAAUGGUUUAAAGCCUGCAACUGAGACUCAAGGCAAAGGAAGAAGAAUACUUAUUCAGGAUAUAGGGGAUUCAGAAGAUGAUGAUGAAGGAGAGGAAAAUACAGAAGAACAGGAAAGAAGCCCUGGAGAUAAAAAAAUUGGCGUGCCAGUAAGAGGAGAGGCGGCUGCCGGGCAGGCGGCGAUGGGGAACGCGCAGAGAAAGUUUCACAGCAAAGGAGGGGGCAGUAAAGCGGAAGACAGAGAGACACAAAAGCGGAAGGAAUCCCCAGAGAACCGAUUUAAAAAAGGCACAUCAGAGAAGAAAACACAAAAGCAUUUGUCAGACCACGAAGAAGUUGUUAAUGGCUAUGUACAGAGUGAGCAAAAGAGUGAAAGCCCCGAAGCAGGGGUCUGCCGAUCGCAGGGAGCAGCAGGUGGUGGCGAUUCUACUUCACUUCCUCCUAUUGCAGCAAAAUUCAAAAGUGAAGGGAACGAGCUAUUUAAGAGUGGACAGUUUGGAGAAGCUGUGCUGAAAUACUCUGAAGCAAUUGAGCAUGUCGUCAGUCUAGGAGAACAAAGUCCAGAUGAUUUAAGUAUCUUGUACUCAAACAGAGCAGCAUGUUACCUCAAAGAAGGCAACUGCAGUGACUGCAUUCAGGAUUGUAACAGAGCUCUAGAGCUUCAUCCCUUUUCCCUUAAGCCUCUUCUACGACGGGCAAUGGCAAAUGAGUCCAUGGAGCGGUAUCGACAGGCAUAUGUUGAUUAUAAAACAGUCCUACAAAUAGACAGCAGCAUCCAAGCAGCAAAUGAUAGUGCUAAUAGAAUAACAAAGACUUUAAUGGAUCAGGAUGGUCCCAGUUGGAGGGAGAAACUGCCACCAAUUCCAGCUGUUCCAGUUGCUGCUCAGCUACACAGGUGGGAUAGAGGAGACACUCCUUCAGAAAAUAAGCCAAGUACUACAGAUACCAACAGAGAAGAACAAGUUACCUCUGAGAAGUUCAAGACAUUAAAAAGUGAAGGGAAUGAUUUUGUAAAAGAGGGCAAAUAUGAAGAAGCUGUAAAUAAAUACAGUGAAUGCUUGAAGUUGAAUACUGAGGAAUGUACGAUCUACACUAACAGAGCUCUCUGUUACUUGAAACUGUAUAAAUAUGAAGAGGCUAAGCAGGAUUGUGAUCAUGUUCUUCAGAUAGAAGAUUCUAAUGUUAAAGCUUUUUAUAGAAGAGCACUAGCGUACAAAGGAUUACAGAAUUACCAAGCCAGCAUUGAUGAUUUCAACAGAGUGCUUCUAAUAGAUCCAGAUGUUCUUGAAGCAAAAAAGGAACUAGAGGAGGUAACCCAACUGCUGGACCUUGACAGCAGUGGUGUAGCUGGUAGUCAGCAAAAGCAAAGGAAGAAAAUAAACAUACAAGAGGUGACUGAAUCUGAUGAGCAGGAAGAGAGACCACUUGCUACAUCAGAUGUUGUGACUGAUCAUGUUACUUCUAAGGAAGCAUUUCAGAAGAGUGUGCCACUGAAGACCUCUGAGAAACUCCGUGUUUCUGAACCAUCUAAUGCUUAUGACUUUGGUCAGUUAAUAAAUGCAGUAAAUGCCAAUAAGGAUGAAGCUGCUUGUGCAGAUCUUUUAACACUUACUGAUCCAAAAAAAUUGCCAGUGCUACUAAGUAACAAACUUGAAGGAGAAAUCUUCUUGAUUUUUAUCCAGUCAUUGAAAUAUUACAUAGUUGGAAAAGAUCCUGGCCUUGUAUAUCAGCACCUUUUCUACUUAAGCAAGGCAGAAAGAUUCAAGGUGGUGCUGGCCCUUCUUAGCAAAAAAGAAAAACAACAGGUUCAGCAACUGUUUGACUUACUUUCAGAAAAUCAAGAUCAUCAGCACUCUUUGGAAGAUCUUGAGAGCCUAAAAAAGGUGUAUGAACUUUAA